UUGGAACAACAACUUUAUUAGCCCCGGCCAGUAGGCGGAGAGGCAGCAGGCAAGGGAGAGAGGGUUCGUCGGGCUCGCGGCCCUCCGUGGACUGAGCCUGCUAAGCGGAGGAUCGCCGUGGCCGGACGACGGAGUGUUGAGACAAGAUAAAGACGGCGACAACUCAGAUGACUGGUGGCGGCAUUAGACGGGAAAGCAAGGCCUUUAAGCUGGGACUCGGGGUAGAGUGGGGGUGGGAGAAAAUCGAAGCCGGAAACUGAAAACUACAAAUCCCAGAAGGCCGAGGGGCCACGUCGCGACGUCCUCGGCCACGAGGCCUGAUGGGACGGGUAGUUUCGAAGACGGCUUAACCUACAGUUUGAGGUUGGAGGUUCUGAGGCCCAAGACGUCCAGAGCUGGGAGAGAUGGAACUGGAGCAGCGGGAGGGGACCAUGGCAGCUGUGGGCUUUGAGGAGUUCUCAGCACCGCCAGGCUCAGAGUUGGCGCUGCCCCCGCUGUUCGGUGGCCACAUCCUGGAGAGCGAACUCGAGACAGAAGUGGAGUUUGUGUCGGGUGGUCUGGGUGGCUCCGGGCUCCGGGAGCGAGAUGAAGAGGAAGAGGCAGCCCGGGGCCGGCGGCGGCGCCAGCGGGAACUGAAUCGCAGAAAGUACCAGGCGCUUGGUCGACGCUGCCGGGAGAUCGAGCAGGUGAACGAGCGGGUCCUGAACAGGCUGCAUCAGGUGCAGAGGAUAACCCGGAGGCUUCAGCAGGAGCGCAGGUUCCUCAUGAGGGUGCUGGACUCCUACGGCGAUGACUACCGGGCCAGCCAGUUCACCAUUGUGCUGGAGGACGAGGGCAGCCAGGGCACAGAUGCCCCUACUCCCGGCAAUGCUGAGAAUGAGCCUCCGGAGAAAGAGGGACUAUCCCCGCCUAGGAGGACUCCCGCACCCCCAGAACCCAGCAGCCCAGCCCCUGGCGAGGGGCCCAGUGGGCGGAAGAGGCGGCGAGCACCACGGGAUGGACGGCGAGCGGGAGCUGCGCUGACUCCAGAGCUGACUCCAGUGCAGAUUAAGGUGGAAGAAGACUUUGGCUUUGAAGCAGAUGAGGCCCUGGACUCGAGCUGGGUUUCUCGGGGUCCAGAUAAGCUGCUGCCCUACCCGACCCUUGCCAGCCCGCCCUUUGACUGACCCACCCCAAUAAACUGACCCCCACACGCACCUUG